GUAAGCAUCUUCACCUUCCUCUUCCUACUUAUGGGAUGUGGUUUAUAUCAUUCAAUAUUCUUUAUUUAAUGUUAAAAACAUUUUUUUUUAAAUUAUUAUUUUAAAUCUGAAUUUUAUUUGCAUUGAAAAUUGUUUUAAUUGUAGCAGGUUCUCCAGGUUAGGCUUGUUCCUUCAUCUCCUACGUUUUCCUGGAAAUAGAAAUGAUUUAUAGUAAACUAAAUGAUAGUAAUCUGGUGUAAAAUCUGCUUCUAACAUUGUCACACAUUGUUGAUUAAAACAAAAAUUAAGACGGAUGAAAAAACCCCACUUGAGCUGUGCCAGGGUGUGGCUGAUGGAUGAGAAUAUUCAUACGUAUGAGUAAAAAUGAUUUUAUUAAUAAAGAAUACAUUUUAUAAUACAAGACCAAUAUUUAUACAGUUACAUAUGACAGUAUAUUGUGUAUUAUAUCAAAACUUAAUACAACUUUCUAAUUAUUUUAGCCAAAACUACAUAAGUAGUAAUUUUACCCACCAGGAACAAGAAGAAAACAAAUGUCUGAGAUUUCCCGGCUGUUCUGCCAAAUCUUACACAAGCUUCUGUGAAUAAAUCAAGAUAAUUGAUUUAUUUACAGUUUAUUAAAAAAAAAUCGGAUUGUUUUAUUCUGUUCAAUCUGAUUAUUUUAGUGGGUUUUUUUAUUACUGAUCUUUUGAACACUGAAAAUGGAUUUGAACUGUAAUUUAUAUAUAAAAAUCUGCUUGAAUGGUUUACAUGAGGUGCCUUAGGCUGGUUUUACACUCAAGCAUUUAUCUGUGAACAAUAAAUAAUAACCUCAGCAAUGAGAGAACUACAAUAUAUGAACAUUCUGUGUUGAGAACGAGGACGGGUUACUUUGAGUCUUGUUCCUCACAAGGUUCCUUCCUCAUACCUUCUCGGGGAGUUUUUUUAUGCCACUGCCACCGCUGGCUUGUUCAUUAGAUAUAAACAUAUAGGGACAUUCAAAAUGUAUAUUUAGCAUUUAUGUAUUUAUGUAAAGCUGCUUUGGGACAGUGUCUACUGUAAAAAGUAUUUAAUCCAAUCCAAAUACAAUUUGGGUUCCAGUGUGAAAUGGUCUUUUUUGUAAAAACCUCGUCCACUUUACUACUUUUACAAAUGAGCCCUCAAAUAAUGAAGAAAUUCAGCAGGAGUUUUCACCCGCCGUCAUGGUUUUGUAAGUUGCUCUGGAUCUGCUAAAGUUAUUCUGCUAAACUCUAAUUAAUCUCUACCUCAUUCUUUACUUUCACUUUACCUGUGCUUCUGUCAUUUUCAAACAUAUCUGUAGAUAGUUUUACGUCUGGUUUCGUUGUGACUGUAGUGAUUUAUCUUGAUUUUGAUCAUGACGUAGAGGCAGAAUGUCUUCAUCUAGUGUCCAUAGUCUGUCUUAAAGUUGGUGUUCCAGUUCAUCCAAAAGAUCAGUUUGUUUAAGGUCAGUGCUCUGUGUUGUUUCACACAAACGUCUGGAAUUUGGGAAAGUAAGAGUGGAGAAAAAGAAGAACCACAAGAGAAGAUCAAUGGCAACGAUUACACAGGACCCCUCGCUGAAUGAUGGCAUUGAGUCAAAGUCAGUGCAGAAAAUUCAUCAUGACAAUGCAGGUUAUUCAUUUCAAAACCUGUAUCUUUGUUGCGUUGCCAGAAAUCCUGAAGAUGAUUUUGGUGAAGACUAUGGGAAUAAAAAUGGCACUGGCUCAAUAUCUAAAUCGCACCAUGACCUCGGACAUCCCACAGCAGGACCUGAACUAUUUGAACCACAAUUUGUUGAAUACUGUGAUGGGAACAGGAAAACCGAGGAAUACCGGUUUUUCUGCCCUCAUGCUGGUCAGUUUAAGUGCAAUUUGACCAGCAUUGUGUUUGAGAUGAAAGAUAAAGGUGAGGUCCUGUACAGAACAGUGAACUGGGAUGAUAAACUCCUCAAGAAUUUACCCAAAAUGGAGCCUGCAGGACUUUUGUAUAAUAUUGAGUGUCCUGAAGAUUCUAUCCGUCGUCUGCAUCUCCCACACUGUGAGAUCGGUAAAGACAGGGAUAAACUGACUGUUGCACAUGUGACUGGUGAUAAUACGGAGAUCAUGAAGCCUCUGACUGUAACAAACUCACAUGUGGCCGUAAACAUUCAAAGUCUCUCCGGGUUUGGUUUAACAGUGCCAUUUAAAGGAUCUUCAGUCAAAGCCCAAGUUCUUCUGUUCUAUAAAAAACACACAGAGCAGACAAACAAACUGCACAUCCACCUGCUACCAGCAAAUAUAUCAGUUAGAGAUGUGCAGAAAGAACAUGAAAGCUACACAUACAUUGAGACAGUCUCCAAUUGUGAGUUGCUAAAUGGUAAAAAAUACAGAUUAUCCUGUAAAUCUACUGACCGUGAAUACCAACCCAAUCCAGAGAUUGUGAAGUUUAUACGUGACUAUGGCUCCAACUUUCACCCUUCAUUUGAGGUGAUCUUAUAUAACAAUGACACUAAAGUGGAAGUAACUCUUUUCAGUCAAAAAGGAAAGGAGGUGUGGUCAUCACCGAACAUCUUCCUUCCACGUACAGGUAAAGGUACAGAGAGAAACUCACUCAGUUUGCCCACAACAGGAUUCGAAUGUUUUGCGGAUAAACACAGAGAGCAGCUCAUUCAGAGAGUUUCUACAGUAAUGGAGAUAGCAGACGGUCUCAAAAGCAAAAACAUGAUUAGUCCCGAAAUGUACAAUAAAAUUCACGUAGAACCAUUGCGGAUAAACCAAAUGAGACUCCUGUACGAAGUUCUCGAAUCUGGAGGAGGAGCUGUGAAAGCUGAAUUCUACAAAAUCCUCAAAGAGAAACAUCCUGCUUUAGUGGAUGAUCUGGAGGCUGGAUCAAGCCAGGCUUAGUGGACCAUGCACACCUCUGCAAAGGCACACUACAUUAUAUUACACAGCUUUUUAUUCUUAAUUGUGAAAUUCUACAGGAUUGUAUUGUUAGAUUUCUUUCUCUGAUUUAAAAAAAAAGGUUUAUUCUGUAGUGUGUUGAUUAUAGAAGAAACAUCUCACACUGUUGCACACUUCCUGCUUGAGGCAUUGGAGAGAGCUGAAGACACCCAAUGACACUUAAUUUCAAGUACAAAGU